AUGACCAUCUCGUACGCAUUAAUUGCAGAGUGUGAAAGCCAUCCAUCUAAAAGUUCUUCUCCCUCCAUUCAAGUGGUUUCUGAAACUUCUCGUCAACGCACACUUCGAUCCAUCAUUGAACAAAAGAUUAUUCCUAAACUCGCAACUGACUCUUCAGAAUUGAAUUUGGGAUCAUCUUCCCGAAAUAAUCGACUGGUUCUCACCCAUGAAAUGUUUACGUUUUAUAUUAAACGUGAGUCACGAAACCAAAAGGAUACGUAUUAUGUCGUGAUUUCCACCCAUGAUGAACAAGACGCUGCUCUGAGCACUCGUCAUCGUGUCUGUUGGAGUAUGAUUGAGGCCAUGUCUCGUGAGUAUCAUGAAUCUAUGGAAAACAAAUCCUUUAAACCUUCAAUGGAUUUGCAAGCCUUAAUGAAAUAUCAUAACAAUCCAGAGAAUGAUAAAAUUUUGAAAUUACAUCUUGCCAUUGAAGAAGUCAAGAAUACCAUGAUGAUUAAUGUCGAUACAAUUCUGGAUAAUCAUAAAAAGAUGCAUGAAUUGAUUGUUGAAACGGAUUCAUUGAGGGAGCAAGGAGAAUUGUGGAGAAAUGGAGGAAGAAAAUUGAAAUGGUCCAUGACCAAGAGAUGGUUGAUCAUUGGAGGUAUUGCUGUUGGAACUGUUGUUAUUGGAAUUGGGCUAAUUGCUUUAAUUUUAGCUCUUGCUUUGUAA